AUGUCUCUGCGAACAGCUAGAUCUUUAACAAUAGUAAUAAAACUUGGUACUUCGUCAAUAUGUGACGAGACAACGCAUUUGCCAUUAUUAUCGAAUUUAUCGUUAGUAGUUGAAACAAUAGUGAAAUUACGCUCCUUAGGACAUAAGGUAGUGUUGGUUUCAAGUGGUGCUAUUGGAGUUGGUUUAAGAAGAUUAGAAAUGGAUAAAAAACCAAAAAAAUUAUCCGCCGUCCAGACGGAUUGGACGGGUGGGUUUAUAUUAAUUUUGAUUUAUUAA